AUGUACCGGCAAAUUUUAAUAGAAAAAGAACAAACGCCAUUACAAAGCAUUGUCUGGCGGGAGGAUCCGAAUAGCGAAAUACAAGACUUCGAAUUACUUACGGUAACGUAUGGUACAAAGCCUGCUUCAUUUUUAGCGGUCAGAUGUUUGCAUCAAUUAGCAGAAUCCGAGAAAACAAAUUAUCCCGAAGCAGCUACAAUAGUUUGCAAUAAUUUUUACAUGGACGAUCUGCUGGCGGGAGGUGCUACAAAGGCAGAAGUCAUUAAGUUAAAGGGAGAGCUGACAGAGCUACUAGAAAAGGGAGGAUUUAGAUUACGUAAGUGGAGAUCCAAUAUGUCCAUUUGUAGCGAAAAUGUGCAUACGGUAACGGAAGGCCUAGACAUUGUCAAAGAAAAUGAGACAAAGUUAUUAGGAAUAUCGUGGGAUCCGAAAAAGGAUAUGUUUCAAUAUGAAGUAACAUCGAAAGAAAAUGAUCAGAAUGCAACGAAAAGAGUAAUGUUGUCACAAGUGUGCAAACUUUUCGAUCCAUUAGGGUUGGUGGGGCCUGUAAUUACCGCUGCUAAGAUCCUAAUGCAAACGUUAUGGAAUUUGGGGAUUGACUGGGACGAAGAGGUGCCCAUGCAGGUAUAUCAGAGUUGGAACCAAAUAAGAACACAAUUGUGUUUGCUUAAUGAAUUAAAAAUUCCUAGAUUGAUAGUGUCAGGAAAAAACAAUAGUCAGCUACAGUUACAUGGAUUUUGUGACGCGAGCGAAAGAGCCUACGGUGCAUGUGUAUACCUACACGAAAGGGACAAACAUGGCGAUACAAUCACCAAGUUAAUUUGUUCAAAAUCGCGUGUAGCACCUAUGAGAGCCUUAUCAUUACCACGGUUAGAGUUGUGUGGGGCGGUUUUACUAGUAAACUUAAUGUGUCGAGUGAUGGACAGUUUAAAGUUGACAAUAGACCAGAAAUUCUAUUGGACGGAUUCAACAAUAGUACUCGCGUGGAUAAACUCCCCAUCUAGAAGGUGGCAAAUGUUUGUCGCAAAUCGGGUUAGCGAAAUUCAUACCAAUUCCUCAGCUUCCGAAUGGAAACACGUAGAUUCGAAGAAUAAUCCUGUGGACCUCAUAUCAAGAGGUGCAACCCCAGAACAGUUAAUGAAAGCUAGCAGUUGGUGGAAUGGACCACCAUGGUUGAGUCAAGACGCAAGCUAUUGGCCAAAGGAUGCUGAGGAGUUGGUAUCAAGAAGCGUACCGGAAGAAAGAAAGCGAACAGUAGUAACAGCAGUAGUCGAAAAUGAACGAGUUAUAGAAUAUGAAAGAUUUUCGUCCUAUUAUAAAUUGUUGCGAAUAGGAGCGUACAUUUUAAGAUUUAUAUACAAUGUAAAGCAUACCAAAGAAGAGCGUAGAAUAGGAAUAAUAAGUACGGAGGAAAUUAGGGAAGCGAAGUUAAGAAUAGUCAAACUAGUACAAGCGGAAGCGUUCAUAGACGAUAUAAAAACGUUGAAGCUCAACAACAAGGUCCGAAGGGCUUCGAAGCUAAUAGCGCUACUCCCGUAUUUGGACGACGAAGGCAUUUUAAGGAUUGGAGGCAGACUGAAACAUGCGGCGUUACCUGAAGAAACGAAACAUCCAAUCAUACUCCCGUCACACCAUCAUGUUACUAGAUUGAUUAUUAUACAUUACCACGAAAAGCUAUUCCACGCCGGAGUGCAAACUACGUUAAACUGCAUAAGAGAAGAGUUUUGA